AUGGAGCAUAAGUCCUCGGGCGAUCUGGUGCAAUGCUCGAUUGAGCUCGCGGAGCCAGUUCUGUUCCAGAAAGGCUGCACUCUCGGUGCGUUGUCGAGUAUGAACGGCACGGGCGAAGAGCAGCAGGCUAUCCUUCGAGGGAAGCUUGUUUUGAGGGUCAUAGAAGCUGUUAAGGUCAAGGCCAUCAAGUUGGAUUUUACGGGCAGGUCGAGGAAUGAACGGCAUCGAGGAGCCUGCGGUCAGUUUGAAGAGAAAGAUUUCAUUAAGCACAGUUGGACAUUCACACGCCGCUCCAUUCUUCCUCACAGUUUCGGACAAGAGACCCACACAGAUCUCCGUACAUUACCUGGUUGCGAAACGUCGUCUCCGUGCGGAUCUUAUACACCUCUCCAGUCAUCAUCGAUUCAGUUGAAUAGCAGUUCAAGUGAUACACCUUUGGAUCUAGAUCGGUAUAAAGCGCGCCAGAAAAGUCUACCUUUCCAAUCGAAUCGCUUCCAGAGGCAUUCUACUACGAAAAGCUCGAGUCAUCAAUUUUUCGAGCCAGGUAUAUACGAAUAUUUGAUCGAAUUUCCAAUACCUCGAACAUGUCCGGAGACUCUUAAGAUUGGGGAAAGAUACGUUAACUACCAGCUCGAAGCAUUUGUGAAACUGCAUGGAGUGUUCAGAGCCAACAUCCACAAGAUGAAAGAGAUCAUCUUAGUCCGCGUGCCAGAAAUGGAUUUACUGGACCGAGCUGGACCGAUAUUGAUAAAUAAUAAGUGGAAAGACCGACUUCACUACAAUCUUGCCAUCCCUUCCAAGUCGUUCCCCAUCGGAUCAAAGAUACCUAUCACACUUCGACUGUCCUCGUCCCAAGUACGCUGCCACUCCGUUGCGGUCUAUCUGACAGAAAAUAUUCAAUUCUUUGGGUACGAAGACGACAGCUACAGAAGAGCACCACAUCGGAAGAUCAAGCUACUCGAGGAAUCUGUUGAGUCACGAUACCUGGGAGACUUUGGAGACUCCGAAAUGGAUGUUCCGGAUGAAAAGUCAAAACUAUCAACCCAGACAAUGAGAUCAGAGGAGAAAUUAGACUCAGAGAAGAACAGUGUGGCUCUUACUCCCAUGGAAAGCAACGAAUCGCCUGAUUCUAGAUCUGGCCCAACCAAGAUUGAGCUCGAAGCGCAGCUACCUUCAUGCCACAGCAUGCGCGAGUCUGGACCAACAAAACGGCUCAUUGUCGAUACAAACUGGGAGUGUAUCACCGUAACCCAUUGGAUAAAAGUAAUCCUCCAUGUUCGCAGAAUUAUCAGCCUGUUUGACAUUCAGACGUAG